GUUUACUAUCGAGUAUAUCGCUAGUGUGAAUGUAUCGGAAAGAUUUUUGACCUACUUUGUGUGUACACUCGUAUUUAGCAAGCAGCGAACGUUCGCGGAUCUUCCGCCCUACGACGCACAUGCGAGUGUGGUGUCAGCUAUGUGAAUUGAGUUUUGAGGAACCAUUAGAAUUAGAAGUGCAUUACUUGUCGCUCAGCCAUCAUAUCAAACUUGAAGCAAAUAGUCCUGUUGUACACUCUUGUUCACCCUGUGGAAUCACUGGCCUUUCCUUGGGUGAAUACUCUAAGCACGUUGAUACUGAAAAUCACCGGAAAAAGCGGGAACGUAUUCGAGCAAUCAUCGAUACCAUGGAUGCCGGUGAAGGCCUAAGAGUGCAUUUCAACUUCAACCGAAUUGGGAGUCAGCACGUGACUGCCACUCCUAGUUAUCUGGAGCCAACCUCUUCAUUCGUUCGCAGUGGCUUCCAGAGAAGUACUUAUCCAGUUCCCAAAACUGGGGAUGGUGCGCGACCCCAUCAUACUCGAUCUCGCCGACCAAAGCAGCAAUCUUGCGACGAAGCAUUCGAGGGGAGCAGCUCUUAUCAGCAGAAAUUUGAUCCUUUUCAAACAACCAAUCCUUCGCGUAAUGAUGAGGAAUGGGCAAGGAAUUUACUCCAUUCUAUGCCAAGCGCGCAUUCACCUCGUGGUCGCUUUCCGACUCAGUUUGAAACUGAUGGUCGCUCGAAUGAUGCUGUACAACUCAACUCUAGGUGCGUUGAUGAAGACAGGUACGAUGCGGAAACCAGUGAAGAUAAUGUGCUUCCGCAGAAACGCGGACUUCUUGCAAGACUGUCCUUGCGAAGAAGAGGAAAGGCUGCUAAGAUGUCAUCCAGCGAAAAGUCGGCUAAAGAAAAGGAUAAGAAGACGAAAAGGAAGAAAUCGCAGAGCAGCUCGCCAGCUUCCCCGAGUUCGAAAACAAAAGUGGGAGAAAGCGAAAGCCCUUCUCGCAGGCGAGCAGCCUUACUCAAUGUUGCUUUGGAAGACAAGACCAAAAAGUGGGAACUUGUGGCAGUAAAGGGUAAAGCCUCGUAUUUGAAGAACAGAAGUCAGCGGAUGUUCAAGGAUCGUAUGAACAAGUACCGUUUGGUGGAUAGUAAAGGUAUGGUGGUGGAAGAUAUUCAUGAAGAAGAAGCUACUUCUUCAAACAAUUCUCAAGCUACCAGUGGUGGCAAAAGAGAAGCGACCUUGCCACAGUUUACGUCUCACAUUUGGGGGACUGGUCCUGAGGCUACUGUUCCUCUUUCUCAACGAAGUGACUUUCACAGUGAAGCACAUAGAGUUUCAAAAUUGCCCCCUAUUCCACCUCCUCGUGCUCCACUAAUCUCGUCCAGUAGUAGUUCUCAAGAAGAAUCGAGCAGCGGUUAUGCAACCUUAAAUGUGUUACCGAUGAGCACACCGAAGAAUUACAAUGCUGCAAUGCGAGCUUACGAGAAUUAUGAAGAAUGCAAGUUGAAGGUGUUAGAUCGGGUUUCAGACUCGAAAGCUCCUGUAUUUGGUGUAGCCUCAACAAACACUGACACUGUCAGCACAGUAUCUGGAUUGGAUUCCUUUUGCAGCCAUUCAUUUACUUCUUCUCUUGCGGUGGAAAGUCACUCGUUGACCAGCCGACUGAACUUGACAAAUGCAAAUGCGGAUCAAACAGAUGUGGUCACGGUUAAGGAGGAGACCGUCGACAGUCCACCACUUGAUGCACUGCCCAGUCCACCACAAUUUGAACAAACCACGCAGCCAAAUUUCACCACAGAAGGGAGGAUGGCGGGAGACAAGGAACGGGAUGAAUUCUGGGCGCUCGGUAUUGCAGAGCACAAAAAGGGACACGAGAUACUUGAUAUGAGAGCUAAAGUUGAAAAACUACAAAAGGAAUUGAUCGAAGCCACCUCAUGUUUGCAGAAGCUCGAGGUAGAGAUGAAUGAAAUUCUUCGACGAAAUGACGAAGUUUGCAUGGUACCAUAUUCUAUAUAUCGUCUGCCCCUGCCAAUCAAAAGCUUCUUGGGCCUCUUAUGGACUUGACUUAUUCACGGAUUGAAAACCCGGCAGAAUUUUUCACCU